AUGUCUCGAUCAAUCGCCCUCGCUGCCCUUCUCUACGCCCUUCCCAUAGCGGCCAAGACAGACAUUGACGGCUGCACCUCUUUCACCAGCACCGUCACUGUCCGACCCGAGCCCGGAUACGGAAACACAUACGAGAAGGUCAUUUGGUACGUCUCGGACAGUCUCGAGAUUUGCGAAGGUGUCGACUGCGGAGGAGGCCGUGCUCCUCAUAGGAGCGUCCCCGGAUGCCCUCUGUACAAGGGCACUGAGACGGUGACACCCAGGUUCUUGGAAAGCGACCCCAUGGGUUCCCCAACCCCUCCGGUGGUCAUUUCCAGCUCAGGUUCCGUUCUGCUUUCGGGUGUUUGGUACUCUGAUAGUGGUGAGACCGCGACUGGCGAUUACACUGGUAGUGCUUUGCCUGAGGAGACUGCUAGUGAGAAUUGGUCUCUGAGCUUUGGCACAGAUUCUGAUGAGACACUCACUAGAGAUUACACUGGCAUUGGUUUACCGACUAUUACCUCCUACAAGUUGACUGCAAUCACCUCGGCCCCUGCUGUCUCGACUCACAAGUCUAAUGGAACUGCCGCUACCACCGGCGCUGCUGGAACCGACUCUGACGGCGCUGCUAAGCCUACUGCCGUUGAUGUUGACAACGCCGGUGCUGGAGUCAUGGUCAAGGCCGCUGGUGUUCUUGCUGCUGUUGCCGGAGCCGUCGUCUUGGCUCUAUAG